CCUGUGUGUAGGUGUCCCAAGAACGCGCACGCAGGAAGUUCCUAUCCUGUCGAGAGCGCGAAAUAUGACGUAAGCUGCUUGCCGCGCAGUGAUGAUGGCGGUGCGUGAACGCGCAGUAAAAGUAAUGGCUGCUCUGGAUCGGCGGGUGCCUAGCCUCGAUGAUUUCGUGGGUCAAAGCUGGACUGCCUGGGCCGAAUGGGCCGGUGUGACAGCGGCGGAUGGGUCCGAUGUGGACGACUGCAGCAAGAAUGGCAAAAAGGCUGCAGAGGCCAUGUCACUCAGUAAGGAGGACAUGUCCAUCUUUGGCCUGUACCCCGGCCAUGAUGACUUCUACCUGGUGGUGUGCAGCCACUGUGGCCAAGUAGUGAAGCCGCAAGCAUUCGAAAAGCACUGCGAGCGGAGACAUGGCCCGCUGGCCAAGCUGUACGCCCGACUGCGCUCUCCUACGCCUGCACCCCAGCCCCAGCCGAGACCCCACCACGGCCACUCUCCUUCCCAUGGGACCAACGCUGCUUCUGCUUCAUCCUGGGAGGGCCGUGGUCAGGGGGUUGGGCAGCUACGGGCAGCCCCACAUUCACCUUCCACCCCACCCCAGUACAGACACCCCAAGAACUCCAAGGAUGGAGUACGACAUUCCUCACUGGAGAAGUCCUCCCACAGCAGCCACUCGGAGUCAUCAGUAUUCAAGCAGCCGCCACCUCUGGAGCCCCCGAUGAGUUCUCCACCUCCAUCACUCAGAGAUCCACCCUGGCCACACGGAGGCACCCCGCCUGGUAGGCCUUCACCCGGCGACAGGGCCCCCACCCAGAGCCAGAGGAAGGAGUCAUCCCUGGCCUCUACAGUGCCGGGCCACCGGAUCCCAAGACCCUACAACAAAGUGGCCUCCAAGAGGGAGUGUGACUUGGACAAACACUGCGGCGUCCUUGACCCCGACAGGAAGAAAGUCUGCACUCGCCUCCUGACAUGCAAUAUCCACUCCAUCCACCAGCGAAGGAAGGUGGUGGGCCGCAGCAAGAACUUUGACCAGCUCGUGGCAGAACUCAAGACCAAGGUUCGUGAGAAAGGGGCCCAAUCCCUGGAGGGAGGAUCCUCCACUACACGCUCCCCUAGCCCAGAGGCCCCCAGGGACCAGACGGGGGCUCCACACUGCAGGAGACCUCUAGCCAUCCUCCCUGCUUUCAGUCGGUCUGCGGCUGUGUCAGAGAGCACCCCAGAGGAGGAGAAGCAGAGGCAGGAUGAGGGAAGUCUCCGGGCCCCCUCGCCUCUUGUCCAUGGGCGGAUCUCCAGUGAUGAAAGUGAUGCAGAAGGACCCGAGGAGCCCAUUGAGUUCCCAUCGUCUGCUGCACAUCCCAGACCACUAGCGGUAUGUUCAUUUGGCAGCCAUGCGUUGGGUCACGGCAUCUUCACGUUUGACAGGAGACUUCAUCACCUGAGGUCGGCUCUCAGCAGCAUGCUGGAGCAGCACAUCAGCGCCCAUCUUUGGAAGAAAAUACCUCAAGCCACAGACCUUCAAUCUCCACCUCCCUCGGCCAAGACCAUCACUUCCUCGUCGCCCUCCUCCAUGGCUGCAUCUUCUUCCUCUUCAUUACAUUCAAAGGUUCGCACAGGAAGUCAUAUCAGCUCCUCCCUCAAAACUGCAUCCUCAUCCUCCUCUUCCACCCGUGGUCCAGGGAGACCCUCGACAGCCAUACAAUCAGAGAACUCUGGGUGCAGUGGCAGCAGUGUUGGUGGAGGUCAUCUGGGAUCUCCAAGUAAGCCUGUGGCGGUGCGUCAGGUGGCUUCUGGGCGACCCAAGAACCCUGUGGGCCGACCCAGCAAGCAGAUGCUAAAGCUGCGAGAGGAGGCUGCUGCUGCCGCUGCCCUCCGCAAACGCAAAGCCCCGUCCCAGGAAGGGGAGCACUCAGGCCCCGACAGGAACUGCAUCAUCCUCCCGGACCGGGGCCGGCCACCUUCUGCCACCUCUUCCUCCUCAUCCUCUUCUUCAAAACCCGCCAUUCCCUCAUCUCUCCCACAUGGACAGACCAAUGGCACGCUUUCCCCCAGCAGCAAACCACGUCCCCAGCCCUCCCCAUCAGAGUCCCACUCACCAGCCGCCAAGGCAGUCUGGACCUACAGACGAACACAAACUCCUCUGGGCCAUUCGUCACCCCCAGACCCCUCCUCCGCCACCAACAACUCCCACAGCCGGGGUGGCGUGGGGGACUCAGGACUGCAUGGGCAGGGCAGUGGGAGGGUCUUUGAGCACCAGGGGCUGGUGAAAAAACGCAAGGGGGGUGGCAUGGAGGAACACUCGCCCUCCUCCAAACCCUCAGCGCACCGCCUGCCCUCCUCCUCAUCCAGCUCUGCCACCUCCUCCUCUCCACGCUCUAACUUCUACUCCUGGAAGGACAGUAAAGGCGGGGGGCUGGCUGGGGGCGUGGAGAAAAAACUGGGCACACAGAAGCCAAAACUGCACCAUUAAGUGUGCCUGCCUUACAAGCCACUAUGAGGGAGCCAGCUCUGCUCAGUCCAAGACUGAGGCAACAGGACUCAAACGUGUGUGAGAGAGAGAGUGUGAGUGUGAGUGUGCGCCUGUCUGCCUGCCUGCCUUUUGUCUAUUGAGCAAAUGCUCAUGUAUGAGUGUGUCAGGUUGUUUGUACGUGCAGAGUUAGUGCAGUAUGAAUCUGUUGGUGUGUGACUCUGUUGUCUGGAUGAAUGUCUGAGGGUGAACUGGGAGUGGGAGGGUGGGAUAAAAUUCAGAGUAUGGAUUUAGAAAUACCUCAAGACCAUCCGGUUAUGCUGCUAAAUUAAAUAUGUUGGUUUAUAAAAAUGGAUUAAAAAUGUCCUUUACACUUUGUUUCUGUGGCUUCUUUUGAAGGCUGUGUGAAUGCGUUCUAUUUACGCUCUUUAAACGUUUCAGCCUCCACAGUAUGAGCACGUCACUGAACAGAUGAGAUGCUCACAGUGACUGAAAUGAAGUAUCUGGUGUCUUUGUUUGGAUCUCCAGCAGGAUUCAAAUACAUUUCCACCUGAGCUUUGAACAUCACCUGAACAGCAUGGAACAAAGUCUGAGCAUGUGGGAGGUUCAGAUGCUGCUGUAGCUUGUUAGAGUUGUGUAGUUUAUAUUUCUAACAUGCUGCUGAAUACAGCUGUAGCUUUGGCAGGGUUAACAUGACAUUAUCAUAAAAAAAAAAGAAAGUACCAGCUGACGGCAGUUUGUCACGAUCAGGACAAUGUUGACGCGGCACAGCCUACUUAACACGGCAGACUGGAAUAUAGAGGACAACACUGUCCAGUCUACAGAGCACGUCUCCUAACCCUGAUACUGAAACAUUAAACCUGAGUCAGGCCAGUCCUGAAGCUGGUUUUAAAGCUGGUUUUAAAGCUGGUUUUAAAGCUGGGUUUAAAGCCGCAGCCGGACCGCCA